AUAUUGUUUUCAGAAGUACAGCUGUGUUUUUAAAUAUGUUUUUUUAUGUGCAUACACAGAGAUAGAAAAAAUAUUACAGCAGCAUAUAUUAUGGAGAUGAUGGAUAGCACGAUUAAUUAAAUUCAGCAUAAUAUGCAGUUGAUUGAACGCUAAUAGAUAUAAUAAUAAAUCAAUAAAAAAACAAACAACCUGAGUAUAACGUGCAAAUUAAAGUGUAAAACAUGGCACGUGAAUUGGAUGAGAAAAAUAUCAGCGAUUUAUGACACUGUUUAUGUUGUUUGACUGGAGGCCAAACCGGGGACUAAUAAAUGUCAGCAGAGUAAACAAGUAUCUAGAAUGUUCUGCUGCAGGGGUGCUGUGAGGACGUAUGUCACAGGGGAGACACAGGAGUUCAGCGGGGCAGAUUGAUGGAUGACGCUGCAUUUGUACUGUAUAAGGGUCGGUUGCCGACACCAACACAGGCAGCCAUUUCUGGCCGAAUUGCGCCAUCUGGCGUUCCUCUAAUGUCAAUAAGCAGCCCAAGAAACAAACGCUGCACGUCAGUGGUGGCCAGCGUUUAUACCGUUGCCAGGAUGUUGUGUCAUGCAGGACACCGGAAAGAGUUUGGCUGGGACAGCGCCACAUCAUUCCCUUAGACGUGUGCAUAAUAAUUUGAAAAAAUAACGUAGAAUAAAACACCAAAAUAAAAUUAAAGAAAAAAAUGUUCCUAAAUAUUUUAUGGGCCGUUGUAUUUAAUACAAAGGUUUAAUGCAAAAACCUAAAAUACACACAGGGAAUUUAAAUAUUGAAUACUUAUAUUCAACUCUUAACCAAGCCUAGUGACUAUGUUUGCACGACGCAAACAUGGUCACUAGGCGGUGCUGUAGAACCUGUCCCUUUGCCCUUCGGGUCCGUGGUUGUGCCCUUUCAAAGUUUAUUUUAAUUAUUUUUAUUUUAUUUAUUUAUUUUUAAUUAACACACAUUUUAAUGUUUAAUGUUUUAAAGUGUUAAAAUGUGCCCUAACAAAAAAAGUGAUCAUACUUUGUAUAAUUUUGAACUUGCUUCUGGUUGUAAUAAGACUAAAAAUAACAUGAAUAAAAAAUCGGAAGCAUGGGCGGCCCGGCCAGUACCAAAAUAAAAUGUACAUCCGGGUGUAUAACUCUUGUACUGUACGUAACGUUAGGCCUUAUGCGGCAGAGGAUGAGUUACAGUCUUUCAUUUUGUAAAGCAAACCCGGAAGUCGCUAGUAGAUCCUGCUAGCUUCACUCUGCUACUACCAACAACAUUAGUAGCGGCGUGAACCGCGGCGCCGCUGUUGCUUCCUUAAACUUGGCGUCAGUGCUGGGAGUAAUGUCAUCUACCGCAGCUCCUGACACGGAAAUCCUGCAGUAAAUAAGUUAUUAUUUUUGUAAACUACCAGUGGAACCAAGAGACUAUGCUCCAGUAACCGUGGUUUAUUACCGCAGAAGAAAUGACUACGUUCCUGGCUGAGAACUUGAACGGCAGCUCCAACCGAGUGACCAAGUCGAGGCUUCACAGUAGCUAAAACUCCACGACACAGAAGAGUCAUGUCUCGUAGAAGUUCUCGCCUGGUCUCUGGCGGUUACUACAAUUCAGAUGAAGAGUCUGACUCCAGCAGCGUGACCAACAUUUCCUACCGUGAAAACCCUGUCAAAGUUUUCAAGAAAAAGGCAGGGACCCGCAAGUCUGGCCCCCGUACGUCCAACAGUUCACCCAGUCAGGAGCCGCCGCUCAGCCCUGAAGGUCAGGCCGACGUCCCGAGUCCUUCACCUGCACACAGCCGGACUCAGCCGGUCACGAGGACCGUAUCUUUCACCACUGCCACCCCUCGGCCGGCACUGACCCCCUCUUCGUCCCGGAGUCAGACGCCCACAUGCUCCUCUCUUCCACCAGCAGACAAAACCCCUUACCCUAAGAACAGCACCACCAACAGGCCAGCGUUGUAUGUGAAACCCCACCAGGAGGAUUUGAGUCAAAGUGGAGUGGACAGUUCUGGGUACUCGUCCUCCGAGGGGACCAGGGAGAAAACCUGCAGCGGAGGAAGAGGGAGCAGCGACGGCGAUGUUGCACCUUCUGACUACAUGAGCAGAAUCAGCAGUACCUUCCUUUACCUGAAGGAUAAUGCCUCAGUGUUGGCUGGAGCAGCACGGAAAAGACUGACGAGUCAGUCGGUUUUAGCCAGCACUUCACUCAGCCGUGGCAUGAAGAAAGCGAUUGGACUGUUGCUCCUCCUUAUUCUCAUACUUUUAUGUAUUUGGUUCCUACUUCCUGUGUUGUCAUCAAUCAUCUCCAGCAUCAGACCCACAAAGACCCCGACACCGACCGCACCCAUCGGUCGGCCCGUUGUUAUUCCCACCGCUCCUCCCCCUUCUUGCCCUCCUCCUCCUCCUCCUCACCCCAGCACCGUCCGUCAGGCACCAGUGGUGGAUCCUGCCGUCGUGUCUGCUGUCGUAGAGGCCAAGAUCGAAUGUUCUGCCAUGAAAGAUCUGCACAAAAACCAGGAACAGUUUUUGUCCCAGAUGACGGAACAAUCCAGACUCCACAUGAAGGACAUGCAGGUCAAACUUGAGGUCAUGGAUUCAAACAGUCAGACGCGUCUGAAACAAGAGGUGUCUGUGCUGCUCAGACAAAUGUCAGAAACUCAGACCUUCAGCCAAUCAGCUGCAGACAGCCUCGCCCUCAGGAUCCAGACGCUGGAGGCACAGAACAGUAAGCUGUCCCAGGAGUUGUCAUCACUCAAACUGACACCUUCUCCUGUCCCAUGUCCCGAGUCCAACUCCGUCCACGACCGUCUCACACCGGAGCUCCAAGAGGCCGUGGAGAAGUGGCUGAGUCAGCGCGUCAAGGAGCAGGACGAACUCAGGCUCCGUGACGCAGGAAGCUGCGCAGACUGUGGACGUCCGAUGGCGGACAAGAUGGCAGACUUUGCCCUAGAGACUCAAGGCGCCAGCGUCGUCAGUACCAGGUGUUCGGAAACGUAUCGGAUUCGAUCAGCGUGUGUGACGCUGUUUGGUUUCCCUCUCUGGUAUCCGUCAGAAAGUCCACGCACUGUUAUACAAGGUUUCCCAGUUCUGCUUCCGGGGAAAUGCUGGGCGUUCCACGGUGUGGAGGGAACACUCGUCAUCGCCCUGUCUCACCCAGUGAGGAUCAGUCACGUGACUCUCGAUCACCUGCCUCGAUACAAGUAA